UACUUCCAGGACGAGUGAUCCUGAUGGAGAAAUCGGAUCUAGAAGCAGAACGUGUGGCUUUGUUUGAGUCUGUGAUGAAAAACCAGCGCAGCAUGAAGGAACUGGAGAGCAACUUACUGUGUCGUUUGACAUCCACACAGGGCUCACUUGUGGAUGACGAAGCUCUUAUUCAUGUGCUGCAAGAAACAAAAGUGACAGCUGAGGAAGUAAAUCAGAAGCUUAAGGUGUCGGCACACACAGAACGUAAGAUAAAUGUGGCUCGGGAGGAGUUUCGUGCAGUAGCCUCGCGAGGUUCUAUUCUCUAUUUCCUUAUUGUAGAAAUGAGCAAUGUGAAUGUGAUGUACCAGAAUUCCCUGAAGCAGUUCCUGAACAUCUUUGAUAACUCUAUCACAAAGUGAGUAAAAAAUAUAACAGCA